AUGAAUGUUGUAAACAUAUUACUAAUUGUCUUUUCUUUUUUCUAUCUACUUAUUCUUUCAUGUUAUGGAGCUGACACUAUCACUGGAAACGGGUAUGUAACCGGGGACCAAACGAUUGUUUCUGCGACAGGGUUGUUUGAGCUAGGCUUCCACAAACCAGGUAACACUUCCAACUAUUACAUAGCCAUAUGGUAUAAGAAAAUUCCUGGAAAGCCGGUCUCUGACAAGUAUACAUCGAAUCUAAGAAUCUUGAAUGAUGGUAAUAUUGUUCUUGUUACUAAAGGGUUUAAGGAACCAAUCUGGUCCACAAACUUGAAGUACAACAGCUCUAGACCUGUAGAGGCUGUCCUCCUAGAUAAUGGGAAUCUCGUUAUAAGGGACGGGUCUAAUCCAAGUUCUCCUCUUUGGCAGAGUUUUGAUCAUCCAACUGAUACACUUAUGCCUGAUGGUAAGUUAGGACUGAAUAAACUUUCAAAGUUGAGUAAAGUUCUUACAUCUUGGAAGAACUUAGAGGUUCCUGGGAAAGGUCUUUUUAGUGUAGAGCGCGAUCCUAAUGCUAAUCAGUUUAUUAUGAUGUGGAAAAGAAUUGAGCAAUAUUGGACUAGUGGCCUGUGGGAUCCUGAACAGAGGAUUUUUAGCUUAGUUCCGGAACUCAGGUUUCUGAAAACACAGCUGUAUAGCUUCAGUUACGUUGAUAAUGAGAAUGAGAGUUACAUAAUUUAUUCGGUUCAUAACUCUUCCAUUGUAACAAGGUUAGUCAUGGAUGUUUCAGGGCAGCUUAUGCAGCUUACAUGGCUGGAAAAUUCCCAACAAUGGGUUUUGUUUUGGUCACAGCCUAGACAACAGUGUGAAGCAUAUAGCUUAACCAGUAGUACAAACCAGCAAUGGCAGCAGCAUAACCAAAGCAGCAACAACAGUACAACAUCAGCACCACAAGAGAAAAACAAACAGCAGCUAGCAACCCACCCAACACCUCAUACCAACUCAUCCAUCACCAUGAAGGCAUUUAUGAACAAAUUAAAGGAUAAUGACAUUUACAUGAAACUCCCAGAAGGAUUUAAACUGCAGGAAGCAGCAAAUGCAGGUUCUCGAGAACAGUACUUAAUCAAAUUGAAUAGAUCUCUAUAUGGAUUGAAACAAUCAGGGAGAAAAUGGUAUAAUCGUCUCAGUAAGUAUUUGUUGAGAGAAGGGUAUAAGAAUGACCCUAUAUGCCCAUGUAUUUUUGUAAAGAGAUUUGUAUCAGGACAUGUCAUAAUUGCAGUAUAUGUUGAUGAUUUGAAUAUUAUUAGAACUCCUGAGAAGAUUUCAAUAACAAUAGAGUGCUUUAAGAAAGAAUUUGAUAUGAAAGAUCUUGGAAAAACUAAGUGUUGCUUAGGGUUACAAAUUGAACACCUACAGAAUGGAAUCCUUGUGCACUAG